AUGGCAUCUCACCCAGCUAACCUGGUGCAGGGCAUGCUGGUGGCCAGCACAGGGGCUUUGGGCUUGUGUCACUGUGUGGGCCCAGGCCUCCAAGCUGGGACACGCUGGCUCCACAGGAACUUUGUCCUCCUGCCCACGCUGCUGCUGAUGCUUCUCCUCGGCGCCAGCCCUGUGUGUGCCCCCACAGCCCCCACAGCCUUCCCUGCCGACUGCAGCCACCUCCUCAGGAACAGCCCCAGCGGGGUCUAUGUCAUCCAGCCCGCCCGGUCCCCCCCGCGCGUCGUCUGGUGUGACAUGGACACCGAGGGCAAGGGCUGGACCGUGGUCCAGAGAAACUCUCAUGACACCGAGCUCACGUGGAAGCAAUCCUGGACCACCUACAAGUACGGCUUCGGGAACGUGCAGAGCGACCACUGGCUGGGCACCGAAUACCUGCACCUGCUGACGCAACAGGGCACCUACAAGGUGCGCUUCGUCGUGAGGAACAAGGCCAACGUCACCCACUAUGCUGAGUAUGACAUCUUCAGGGUGGAGAGCGAAGCCAGCGGGUACCCGCUGAGGCUGGGCCGCUUUUCUGGGGAUGGGGAUGACUACCUGACCGGCUACCACCCCAAAAAGGGGGGCAUCCACGACAACAUGAAGUUCAGCACGACCGACAAGGACCAGGACCAGUACAGUGGGAACUGCGCCAGCAGCUACGGGGGUUGGUGGUACGACAGGUGUCAGAACGUGCUGCUCAAUGCCAAAAACCACAUCGUCUGGCCGGGAUUCUGCGACAACGCGACUGCGCAUCCUCCCUCAUCCUGGUCAAGCCCACGGACAUCUGCUGACCCUGCCCGGCACUUUGUGGCAGUGCCCCCGCCCCCAGCUCAGUGCCCCAUUCCCGUGCCCCCCAGCAGCCCCGUGCCAGCCCCCCUGCCCAUCCCGUGUGCCCGCAGCUCCUCCCCAGCUGGGGGCGGUGGCUCCGGGGUCUGA